AUGGGCGCCAUAUACACCAUGGCCGCACUCGCGUGCGCGAUGAGGGGCGAAGUGGUGGGCGUGGCGGUCCACGAGAUGAACCAGACGACGAAAGAUCUAAUGCCACCGCCAAUCUUCUCCACCCAGCGGGGCCAUGGCUGCCGGCCGACGAGCGCCUCACCGUGGCUGCUGGCCGACAAGCUCGCCGACGAGAGCCCUGCCGAAGCCGUCCCCCCUUCGACCUUCUCUGCCACUGAUAACAUGGAAAAGAACUCCCACCUCAAGGAGUUGCAAGCACUUGGCCCCUUGGAGGUCAUCGGAGCCCAACUGGACGUAGAAGGUAGCUUCGACAAAGCAGUUUCUGGCUGCGAUUACGCCUUCCUUGUUGCUGCUCCGAUGAACAUGGAUGCAGCAGAUCCUGAGAAGGAUAUGAUCGAAGCCGCCGUCCAAGGGACUCUCAACGUGAUGAGGUUGUGCGUGAGAGCCGGGACGGUGAAACGGGUGGUCCUGACGUCUUCGGAUGCCGCGGUGUCCAGGAGGCCGUUGCACGGUGGCGGCCAUGUGCUGGACGAGGGCUCAUGGUCCGACGUCGAGUACCUCAGAACAAACAAGCCACCGAUUUGGGCGUAUGCGGUCUCGAAGGUGCUUCUGGAAAAGGCGGCGAACAAAUUCGCGGAGGAGAACGGCAUCAGCCUUGUCACCGUGUUGCCUGUGUUCACCUUGGGUGCCGCGCCGCUCUCCAAGGCCAAAACUAGCGUGCCCCUCACCCUCUCCCUGUUGUCCAGCGACGAGACAUUCCUGAACAUGCUGAUAGGCCUGCAAUUGAUUACCGACUCCAUGGCGAUAACCCACGUUGAAGACCUAUGCCGCGCCAAGGUGUUCCUGGCCGAGAAUGAGUCCUCCUCCGGCAGGUACAUCUGCUGCAGCCACAACACUACAGUCCUGCAGCUCUCCCGUUUCUUGGCAGAGAAGUAUCCACAAUACAAUGUGCAACCUGAACGCUUUGAUGGAUCCCCGGAGAAGCCGAAAGUGUGUCUGUCGUCUGACAAGCUCAUCGGGGAAGGGUUCGUGUUCAAGUAUAAUGACCUGGGUGAGAUCUUUGACAACCUCGUCGAGUAUGGCAGGACCACAGGGAUUCUUCCCUACUGAUAUAUACGCCAGCUGACGAUCAGUAUGUGGUCGAAACAAAAUAUUGUUGUCUCAAAUACGCAUAAAGCCCCGUUCUUGUGUUUUGGUAAAAUAAGAUGUUAGUACCCCCGAUAUUUGUCAAAAAGCAAAUUAGAUAGCAAAAAAUCUCGAUCUUUGGGGGUUUU